CAGUCUACGUGUAAAGAGGACCUCUCCAAAGCGCAUUUAUUUAAACAUAGGAUACAAUAAUCCACACAUAAUCGAAAGUCAGACAAAGACAGGAAAGUACGUUGCGAAAUUUGAAGAAAUGCGUCAAAUUAUUAAUAACGCAGACAUAAUUGAAAACAAAAAUGAAACUACUUGGCUUUAUACUUUGAAAGUAACUAUAAAUCUUUUGUCUCACGUUUUUAGUAGUUUGGUGGUUGUAAUAUGUGUUUGGUUCUCUUGUCGAUCGACAAAAUUAACCGUCAUAGAGUUGCAUAUAGUGCUAUGUGUUUUAGGGUACCAACUCUUAAUGAGCCAAGGAAUACUAGCCUUAUCAAAUUUCAACAGCUGGUCGAUAUACUUCAAGCGAAGACACCGGCGAUGUAUUCACUGGGCUUUGGAAUUCAUAGGAGCUAUAUUGGCCAUCGUUGGCUCCAUCGAAGUGAUCAUAUACAAGCAGGAACACUUUAAUACUCUUCAUGGAAUUCUAGGUUUAUGUGCUUUUAUAGCAACAAUGAUAAGUAUAUUCAACGGGACGAUGACGUCACUUGCUACCAAGAUUUCCAGCUACGGCAUCACUGGUAUUGGCCUGACAACUGCCAGCAAAUGCGUGCAUGGUGUCACUGGGAUUGCAACCUUAUUUCUUGCCGCUGGAAGUCUACAUUACGGCUACGAUAAGGGAUCUUUCAGAAAGUGGAUCAAUAACGAAAAUUUCAUCAUUGUUCUUAAAAUCUUCACUUGGUUUUUUACUAUUUGCGUUGGUUUUGAGUUUUGGAUUAUAUUGGUAAAGAGGAUUAAGUGUAAAAAUAUUAUGCCGGUCGAUGUAUCUAAUCAGAACUAAAAAAUAUAUUAUGUAAAGAUUCUACAUUUGAUAAGAUUAAAAAUAUUGAUUAAGUACUAAAAAUUUAUUGAUUAC